UCUCUCUCUCUCUCUCUGAACUCGCUUUGUGGGAAGUACUUGCUGUUCGCCGCGGAUAGAUACAUCCUCUGCUUCAAUGUACCCAAAGUGGCAGGGCCUCUAGGCAUACAUGUGGCACCUGAACUGGUGGAAGCUGAAGCCACAGUUUAGAGGAGAUUUCUGUUCUGAAAUAUGGAAGGAGCAACUGGAAGAGGAGGCAGCAGUGUGGAUACAAUUCUACAGAACUACAGGCUUGGAAAAACUCUUGGCCAUGGCGCAUUCGGUAAGGUCAAAAUUGCUGAGCAUGUCCUGACAGGACACAAAGUGGCUAUCAAAAUCCUGAAUCGCCGCAAGAUGAAAAGCCCUGAUAUGGAAGAAAAAGUGAGAAGAGAGAUAAAAAUAUGCAGAUUAUUCGUGCAUCCACAUAUCAUACGCCUUUAUGAGGUUAUUGAGACACCAGUGGAUAUAUAUGUUGUUAUGGAAUAUGUGAAGUCUGGAGAGCUAUUUGAUUACAUCGUAGAAAAGGGUAGGGUUCAUGAGGAUGAAGCUCGAAAACUUUUCCAGCAGAUUAUUUCGGGCGUGGAAUACUGCCACAGGAACAUGGUGGUUCAUCGAGACCUUAAACCCGAGAACCUGCUUUUAGAUUCUAGAGGCAAUGUGAAGCUAGCUGAUUUUGGCUUGAGCAAUAUCAUGCGAGAUGGCCAUUUCCUGAAGACAAGUUGUGGAAGCCCAAAUUAUGCUGCUCCAGAGGUUGUUUCUGGUAAACUAUAUGCUGGGCCUGAGGUAGAUGUCUGGAGUUGUGGUGUUAUCUUGUACGCCAUGCUCUGUGGUACACUUCCUUUUGAUGAUGUCAACAUCCCCAACCUCUUCAAGAAAAUAAAGGGUGGAAUCUAUACUCUUCCUAGUCAGUUGUCACCUGGAGCAAGGGCUUUGAUCCCAAGGAUGCUUGUGGUUGACCCUAUGAAGCGUAUAACUAUUCCUGAGAUUCGUCAGCACCAUUGGUUCAAAGUUCAUCUUCCUCGCUAUUUAGCUGUUCCUCCACCAGAUGCAAUGGAGCACCUAAAAAAGAUUGAUGAGGAAAGUCUACAACAAGUUCUUAGGAUGGGAUUUGACAGAGACGAAUUGCUUAAAUCUCUUCAAAAUAGAACACAAGACGAUGCUACUGUCGCAUAUUAUUUGCUACUUGACAACCGAUCUGCUGUUUCUAGUGGCUAUCUGGGAGCUGAGAUUCAGGAGUCCAUGGAGGGUGGUUUCACUGGUAUGAAGCCAGAUGAUGCUUUCCAUAUGGCUUUUGGGCACGGCUUUCCUCAGGAGACUGUGAUAAGGCCUCAGUUGCCCGUUGAGAGAAAGUGGCUUCUUGGAUUGCAGUCUUCAGACCAACCUCGCGAGAUAAUGAUUCAGCUCCUCAGAGUUCUGCAAAAACUGAAAGUAUGCUGGAAAAAGAUUGGGCACUACAACAUGAAGUGUCGGUGGCCUCAUGGCUUUUAUCAGCCUGAACCCAUGGCCAGCAAUCAUGUGCAUGAUGACCACUACAUUGGUCAUGAGACUGCCACAGUUGCCAAUGAUUUUCAGCCUCAAAGUAUUGUGAAGUUUGAAAUGCAGUCUUCAGACCAACCUCGCGAGAUAAUGAUUCAGCUCCUCAGAGUUCUGCAAAAACUGAAAGUAUGCUGGAAAAAGAUUGGGCACUACAACAUGAAGUGUCGGUGGCCUCAUGGCUUUUAUCAGCCUGAACCCAUGGCCAGCAAUCAUGUGCAUGAUGACCACUACAUUGGUCAUGAGACUGCCACAGUUGCCAAUGAUUUUCAGCCUCAAAGUAUUGUGAAGUUUGAAAUGCAGCUUUACAAAUCCCUUGAGGAUAAGUAUCUGCUUGAUCUGCAAAGAGUUAGCGGCCCACAGCUCCUCUUCCUGGAUUUUUGUGCUGUUCUUAUUAUGCAGCUUGAGGUCCCUUGUACUUGA